GCCCUCUCCCUUAUCUCUGCGCUGGGGCAAACGAGGAAGCGGGGGACCUUCAGCGCCGGGAGGCCCAGGAGACUAGGGUGGGCGGGAACGGCGCAGCGAAGCAGGUGUGGUAUGAAAUUGGAUUUUAAAAGAUGAGUUUGAGCCUGGUCUCAGAAAUAAAGUGUGAACAUGUGUGUCUAAGGCGAGAACAUAUUAAACCAUUCGCUUUUCCCGGCUGCUGUUUCCCACGUGCCUUGAAUAGAGGAACCAGAGCUACCCAGUGACUGUGCCUGUCUCCUCCUCCUCCUCCUCAGGGGCACCCCCUCUGGCUUUCCAGGCGUGCUUGAAUGAAUGGGGAGGGAUGGGAGCUGAUGAAUGAGUGCGUGAGGGAGCCCGCGGGUGAGUGAAUGGCGACCGUGCAGCUUCGGCUCAGAGGCUCGGGCGCGGGUUCCACUUCCCUCUCCCGCCAGCUGGUGGCCUAGAGAAGGUGGCGGCGCCGGCCACGGCCCUAGCUGGGACGGCCGGGGCGCUAGAUGGUGGGGGAAGGGGCGUUCCCGGCGGCCGCGCCUUCCGCAGCUAUUGGAUUAGUGGCCUUCAGGGAUGAGCUCAGCCGGAUCGGCUUUCAGCUGCAGCCUCCGGGCCGGCCGGGAAGGCGGGGAGCGGGCGGCGGCGGAGGAGGGGGAGGCGGCGGCGGCUGCAGCAUCCAGAGCUGGCCGUGGCGGCCGGCGCGCCCCGCGCACAAAGGCGCCCAGACCCCGAAGAAGGCGAUGAGAGUACUGCAGCCCUGACCGGGGCCCCAGAUGCAGGCGCCGUCGUGUGCGCCCAGGGCUCUGGGGAAGACUCUGGGCGCGCCAGGGGCCGGCGGCCGAGGUUCGGCCCCUGCGCCCUGAGCGCGAGAUUCGCUGCCCUCCGGGUCAGGCGCCAAGCUUCGGAGCGGCUACUGCGCGGGCCUCGGCGCGCCCCUAGGAUCCGCGCAGUGAGGCGCUUUCCCCGCUCUGCAUCCGACUCCAGGCGUCCUCUCGCAGCGCCCGAGCGCCAACUUCGCCAAGAACGCUCCCAACUCCUGGCCACCCUGCUGGGCAGAGAGGGCGCUGCUGCCCGGCACCAGCCGUGAGGACGCGCCGCUGUCUCUCAGGAGGAAGCCAGCAUCUGCGGGGUUGCUCGGGCGCCCCGGAGUGGGCAGCAAAGGCAGCAGACUCCUCUUCUGGGAGCGCGGGACCUGCCGGUGCUGGGGAUUCCUCCCGGGCGGCGCUCGCCCUCUCUUUUAUGGAGCUUGGGCCUCUGCCACAGCCUGGUAGAGGCUGUGGAGGUCUACAGUCCGGAAUUCCCUGUCCCGAGGUCCACACCUGGCUGUGGGGAGUGGAAGUUCCCGAGAGGUAGCGGUGGCCUGAAGCGGCCCCCUCCACACGGCGAGCCAUGGGCCAGAAGCUCUCCGGGGGCCUCAAGUCGGUGGAGGUGCGGGAGCCCGCACUGCGGCCAGCCAAGCGCGAGCUGCGGGGCGCAGAGGCAGGGCGGCCAGCGCGGCUGGACCAGCUGCUGGACAUGCCGGCCGCAGGCUCUGCGGUGCAGCUGCGGCACGCGUGGAACCCCGAGGACCGCUCGCUCAACGUCUUCGUCAAGGACGACGACAGGCUCACCUUCCACCGGCACCCGGUGGCACAGAGCACGGACGGCAUCCGCGGCAAGGUGGGCCAUGCUCGAGGCCUGCACGCCUGGCAGAUUGACUGGCCGGCUCGGCAGCGCGGCACGCACGCAGUGGUGGGGGUGGCCACGGCCCGCGCCCCACUGCACUCAGUUGGCUACACCGCUCUGGUGGGCAGCGACGUGGAGUCCUGGGGCUGGGACCUGGGCCGCAGCCGCCUCUACCACGACGGCAAGAACCGGCCCGGUGUGGCCUACCCGGCCUUCCUGGGGCCCGAUGAGGCCUUUGCACUGCCUGACUCGCUGCUAGUAGUGCUGGACAUGGAUGAGGGCACGCUCAGCUUCAUCGUGGACGGCCAGUACCUGGGUGUGGCCUUCCGUGGCCUCAAGGGUAAGAAGCUGUACCCGGUGGUGAGUGCCGUCUGGGGCCACUGCGAAGUCACCAUGCGCUACAUCAAUGGCCUUGAUCCUGAGCCGCUGCCGCUCAUGGACCUGUGCCGGAGAUCCAUUCGAGCAGCCCUGGGCCGCCAGCGCCUGCGGGACAUCAGCUCCCUGCCCCUGCCUCAGUCUCUCAAAAACUAUCUGCAGUACCAGUGACGCCAAAGGAAAGUGGACACCCGAGGGCCCGGGGCUGCCUGUCACGCACAGCCACACAGCCCAUGCAGGAGGGGGUCUUCCCUGGCUCCCAGGACUCAGGACCAACUAGGGAAAGGCAGCCUUCCCAAGCCAGACACCCCCUUGGAAGCCACGGGGGGUCUGGAGCCUGCCCAGAGACUACCAGGCCUGCAGCUAUGUAUUGAUCAGAGAACUUGCUUCCUUAUUCAAGGGAAUGAAUAAAACAUUGGGACAGGAGACUUGCUGUGGCGUGGCCCAUCGCAGACAGGGGCCAGGGAGACUUGGCCUGCUCGGGGAGAAAAUUGCCUCUGAAUAAUGGAUGAUGAAAGCAGCUUGUUGCCCAUCUCCUACCCCUGGCAAGGGCACCAGGAUUAUGAUGCCAUCUUAGGACUCUGUGCCACUUUGAAAAACUAUUUCCCAGAGAUGCCCAACAGCAGAAUUGGCAAGUGGAGAAAGCAAUGUUUAGACACCUGUGGCUUACCUCUCUGAACGUUGCUUCCUUAGCACUCCUUCCUGGACCCUGACAGAGCUCUCUCCAACCUGGCCAGGCCCCUCUAUUCAGGGAGAGGAGUCUGACUGAUUCACCCAGGGACAGAGUUUAUCCUUAAUUAUUAUUUUUUUUAAGUAGCAUUUGCAUUUUAAAAGAGAAGUGUGGAGAGGACAGUCCUUAGUCCAAAGGUGCUAAUGGGGGCCUAGGCAUUGUGACAUCAAGGCUGAAGCUGCCCUAGGCUGGGGAGCCCUCCUGGAGUGUGGGACCUCUGGGCAGCCAUUGUUGCAGGGUGCAGCCUGGCUGUCACAAGCUGUCUUUCAGCGAAUUAUUUUUUCACUUUAGGAGAUUUCCAUGUGUUUGUUUCCUGUUGAAGUGUGUGUGUGUGUGUGUGUGUGUGUGUGUGUGUGUUUGUGUGUGUGUGUGUGUGAGAUGUGCUGUUUAUUUAUCAUCUUGGGGCCCAUGGGGCGGCCUUGUAACUGGAAGGGUGGAUGUGGGAGACACCUUCUCCACCCACCCCAAGCCUGGUCCUCUCACCGAACUAUGCUGCUUCUACUGCUGCUGCCACCACCACCAUUUGGCAUUUGUUGUGCGUUUUGGACGCGCUCCACCCAGACUCCCUUGUAACUGGAAAUCGUCACAGCAGUGGGAUGGAUACCAGAGCCCCAGACGGCACUGCCUCUCCCCCACUUUAAUGUGAAUUUGACAGAUGAAUGAGGAGCGUUUCUAAUAAAGUUUGUCAUUCAGUCCUU